AGCUUUGUUUGUUGGGACAGGUCAGCGGAUCGCGUGCCGGUGCCCUCUAUCCCAGAUGCAUGGACGCGGCAAACAAACCUCCAGAGGACCAUCUCAUCCGAUCCUGCUGGAGUCCAACUCUGAAGGUCACAGGCGGGAGCAAGCAUCCCAGUGGGUCAGGACUCCCAGAGGACCUGCACGAGUUCAAGUUCCCGGACUUUCCCAGGCGUCUCACGCCCACAUGAACUUGGUGCUCAGAGAGACAGGGGGUGGGGAGGGGCGGCACACAGUGGCUGCUACCACCCCAGUCGCAACAGUCGUAACGACAUGAGGCUAACUUUAGCAUGAUGCUCACUGAGCUAGUGAAACACUUCAGCAGCCGUUCCGACACUUGAAUCACGUUUCCUUCCUCUGUUCACAAUAAUGAUGCAGAGAGGAUCAAAGGUCAGCUGGUUUUUGGAGGCACUGAUGUAGCAUCUGAAGACAAGCUCGCUUGUCUUGCGACCACGUGAAAUGACACGGUUGGCCAGGAUUGGCACGCAGGCCAGCAGUUUGACCGGCUUCUCUGAGACGUCUCUUUCCUGUCCUCGUCAGCUUCAGGGACUCUUUGAAACUCCGCGUCCAGACCCUCGAGUCCUCCUCCGGGGAGACUCAGCUCCACCGUCACUCCUUCUCCUCGGGACUCCACGAACUUCUGGAGCUCCAUGUUGGCAGCGACUCCUCACAGACGCGACGUCACAACACACCUGCUCAUUAACCUGCGGCAGACGCACCUGAGCCCGCCGCUCAUGGUCGACUCGACGGUCCGCGAUGGUGUGACCACAACGCCGCCUCAGUCGAGCUCGAGUCCGGCGCGGCAGCUGCGGUGAGGUCCGGCCGCGCGGCACUGAGUCUCCAUGUCCGUCUAUCUGUCCGCGUCCCCGCCGACACGCUGAAGCAGGCUCCGCCCACGCGUCUGCUGUCAACCUAUCAGCUCGCUGAAACUAUGUUGUUGGUGGACAACUUAAGUCCCGCCCACUUGUCAGAGCUGACCUAUCGUGCCACUUCAAACCCAACUACAGCUCUGGUGUCGACCAAUCAGAGCGCUGCGAUGACUGAAGCGUCGACGUAAAAUAUUUUUUCUCAUUUUUGAAAUCCAUCCUUAAAAUAAAAAAUAAUAAUAAUUCUUUAUGAAUCAGAGGAUUAUAAAUCAAUAAUUCAUAAUUUGGUUCACAACAGCCUGCAUCGUCGAUACGGCAGACCACCCACGAGAGGGAGACAGACUCCAGCCCGUUAGUGUCGUCGCCAUUGAAAGUCGUUUGUCUCCUCUGAGCGCUUUUAACACUGAUCAAGCGCCUUCUACUCAAAGUAGUACCACAUGUGACAUGCAUGACUUUAUUUUGUUCUCCCGAGAUAACAGUUAUCUCGAGAUCAUUUGUAUCUUGGGAUAAAAAAAAAAGUCGCUCCAGGGACGCGCAACACGUAUAGCUUAGCCACAUGUGGUAUUAUUUUGAGUAGAAGGCGCUUGACCAGAUUGUUAAAAGCGCGCCGUCGGUAAUAUUCUGACUUGCAGACAGCGACUGACAACGUUGACGAACAGUUACGAAGCCAUGGGAGUCACAGUGGCUCCAGGAGGACGUAUUCAAAAUGCUUUGCCAGAGAGGCAGCUACGCAUGCGCUGACAUUUGCCAUCGUAGCUUGAGAUACGCAUUAUCACGAGAUAACAAUUACCUCGAGAUAAUUGUUAUCUCGGGCAAUACAAAAUCAUGCAUGCCACAUCAACAAAAAAAUAAACACAUGCAUGCCGCUCCGUACGUUUAUUAUCUCUUCCAUGUCAGAAUUGGUCAGCGACUGUGAGCCAAACUUGGCUGGAGCAAUGACAACUUCCUGUCAAGCGGCCUUCUAAAUAAAACCGGAUGCGGCACCGGCUCGAGGGCAGGUGCAGCAGAUAACCAUCAUGACACACAAUAAUUCGAUUAUGACUUCAAUCGCGCCCACGCCCUCAACUUAUACUCAAAUCGAGAUGAGAAAUGAGAAAAGCUGCUUCCCUGCAUGGUGUGUUGGUCAUUGACAAAAAGUCUCGGCACACACCAGCAUGAACGCAAACACACACGGUAAACACAGGUUUCUGUCAGGGAGCCAACGUUUAACACAUUCGUUUAAAAUAGCUUUUCACACAAGUGGACUCAGCGUGUGAACGCCGCGCUGCCAGAGACGUGCACUUCCACAUCACGCGUGUAGGAGGCCGGGGGCCCCUCAUAACCUCAGGGGACACGCGGUUGACGUCUUGAAAGCACUUGUUGGGCGUGAUGACGCUUUCAGGAGCCAGGUGUUUGGUCAGGACAACAGCGAUCCUUCAUCCACCGUCGCAGAGAUGGAGGAGGUGAUAAGGUGCUCGCCCACCAGCCCUCUCAGAAGAUUCCCAUGACUCAGAAAGAGGAACAACACACAUCUGGUCCGCUCGUGUUUGAAGUGAGAAGUCCAGCCUUGACUCAACGAUGGAGGGCAGCUCCGAGUUGGACGCAGAUCAUCACAACCACCCGCUGACACAGCGAGGAAUUGCCUGCGCUCGUGUUGGAUCCAAACAGUGACAGAGAGAGAGAUGGUAUCUAUAAGUGAGAGGAGAGAAACACACACACACAGAUCGUUAUCAGAUUUCCUGUCUUCUGCUGCAGAUGACGGUGAAGAUGAGACACCCCCCCUGACCCCCCUUCACACAUCUCUCUCACACUCGCAUGUUUUCAGUCAGUGUGCGUCUGCAGCCCAGACGUGUGGGUCUGUAGUGGAAGCUCGGUCAGUGAGUCGCAGACAUGUUUCGGCUGGCGCUGCUCCUCUCCGUUUGUCCUCCAGGGCUGAUGGCGCAGUGGCCUGUCGCCAGUCUUCACACCCCGACAGUGGUCUACUGUCGCCAGAUGGAGUCCAUGACCUCCAGUGCUUCAUGAGGCGUGAUUCUCUGUUGAGAGUGUGCGAGUGGAAACCUGGGAAAGACUCGUCCAGAAAAAACUACACACUCGUGGUGCGGCAGAACAGAAGUCGCAGCAACUAUUGUAAACUGUACGACAACAUCGCUGGCCUCUUCGCUAACGCCCAGUGGUACAGUGACAGACCCGUGGCGGCAGAGGUUUACGAAAACAGGCAGUCGGACAACUGCAGCAGAGCAACGUACAGAGGUCACCCGUCAUUCAGGUGUAACCCGCCGCUCGCCACGAACUUCAGCCGCCAAGCUGGGAUGCUGGACCUGAAGGUGCGCUGGACUCAGAAGGACAAGACCAUCCUGAAGGUCGACUACGGAGCGGUGGGCGAGCCGUCACAGAGCAAGGUGGCGACGUGUCAAUCAUUAGAGAGAUGCACCGUGCAGAACCUGAACGCCUCGCUGACCUACCGCGUCCGGAUCGGUUGUGUGCCAAACGACAUGUGUUCUCAGUGCCCGUGGAGUCCCGCCCACGUGGUCCCGGCAGAGCUGACGCAGCGGCCAGAGAUUCUGACGAAGGAGGAAGGAAAGAGCGACCAAGGCAGGCGGACGAUCUUUCUCACCUGGACGUUCCUGCAGCUGUGCGACGGCUUCAACGUGACGAUCAGCAAAGCAUCAGGAGAAGCAGUGCAGGAACGCGUGAGCACCACUCACCGCAACAUCAGGCUCCUCCUCUCAUACUCGGCCUUUCGCGUCGACGUCCAAGCCUUCAACAAUGCGAGCGUCUCUCCACCGCAGACUGUUGAUGUCCCACAGCGCUUGCUCCUAUCAGACGGAGAAACCUCAGGGAUUAACGUGGAAGUCCACAACAUGAGCUCCUUCACGGUCCACUGGGGCGCGCAGCGGCUUUCGAUCAUCAAGUGUUUUUCAGUGGAAUGGACCGACACACAGACAAAGAAGACAAUGUUCCAGUCCUUCUAUGAAGGCAACAAGAACUACAGGACGUGCAAGAACCUACCAGAACCACUGGAACCCUACACGCGAUACCGUCUGAGUCUCCACACUCGACACCAAAAGCAUCCGUGCAACCUGAGGUCCAUCAACAACAGUGAGAGCACCUACGGCAGCACCCUCUUCUACGCCAUCGAGGGAGUGCCCAUCAGCUACCCAAUGAACCUGAGCUGCUUCAACAUCACAAAGACAUCUGUGGUUCUAAGCUGGUCGUCCAUCCCUGAGGCAGACCUGCGAGGGUUCUUGCUGGGCUACGCUAUCUUCUACUCUGAGAACCAACGCGGAGAGACGCACUCAGAGAGAAAUGUCACAGUCGAUGCAAAAUCCAGCACCAAGCAGCUACACGGUCUGAAAAGUGGAGUCGUGUACCAGGUCCAGAUAUCGGGGAUCACAAGACCCGGAAUAGGAGUCCGAAGUCCUGCCAGCCGCUUUGAAACCAUCCAGUCGGAUGAGUACAAGGUUGGUGCUGUGCUCUCCUCCGUCCUGCUGAUGGUCAUCAUGGCUACGUUCGGAUUGUUCGGAUCCCCGGUCGUGAAAAGAGUCAAAGUUCUGCUGUGGCCCAGUCUACCGAGUCCGGGACAGAGUCUGGCCAUGCAGAAGAUGCAGCAGUGCCACCUAGAGUACCGGGAGACGUCUGAAGCUGCUGUGGAGGAAUACGACAACUGCAGCCUUCAGAUUGUCGAAGAAGAGGUCCCGGUGCUUCUUCCGCACCUGGAAGAUGAGAAGAUACCUGAGGACACUGAAGAUGAGGACGACGAAGAAGAUGCCGGCGGAAAAGCUAGUCCAAGACCUUCCGAGUCAGCACCGCUGCCCCUCAUUGGCGACUACACAACUUUGGAAAUGUUUCUCAGGGCGCCAUCUGCUGGUGUUUACAUGGAGAACAUGCAGCAGGAUCUGGCCACCAGGAACAAGUCAGAACCAGUCCACUCUCAGGACAGAGAUGAGUCGAGUCAGAUGGACUGGGACUCAACAGGGCAAGCGGUGGCAAGGGUCGGUCCAGGAGGUCUGGACCUGCCCCUCCAUGCUGGUGGAGCAGCAACCGCUCUACUCCAAGUGCACAGGGACUGACGCCUCUCACCUCACAGUCCAGGUGCUCAUCUUGACCUUUACCGGUUUUCCUUCUAUUAAAUGUGUUAGCUCUUUGUCUGGAGGUGUGUGACUGUCGCGGCUCGGUCACGCCUCUACACCCACUCGGGAAGUGACGCGGCACGUCUUGUGAAGUGGAGCGCGAACUCCGACCAGAAAAGGAGAAGUUGAGAGGUCGCUCUGUGAGCGGGAGAUAACGCCACUUCCACUUCUUCUCAUCCACACCAAGACCAGAUGCGCAGUCAAAAGAUGUGGUAGAUUAGCAGAGUUCCCACACAUGUGAGUCACCAGCAGCAGUUGAGAUAAAAACUCUUUAUUGAAGCAGCACUGGUGAGAAAGACAACGUCACUGAAAGACUCGAGGCAAGUCUCACGAGCUGAGUCCAUUCUCGCAGUAACAGAUUUCAGUUCAGACAAGUUUGGGGCGUC